ACUCUCGUCACCAACCCAUAUGACGCAGGUUGAGCCCAGGAGUAAGCGAUGGGGAUGAAUAGAUUAGUAUAACCUGCUUGAGUGUUAGGUUUGAAGGACAGGACAUAGAGGAGAGAUCAAAGCAAUAGAAGACGUGCGAAAGAAAGUUCCAUAAGGUCGGCCGGAGGCGAAAGCAAGGGCGGCACCACCAGCGCCUUCGAUGGCUUCGAGAGCUUUGAUCCUCACGUUGAGACUCCUCACGCUGGUCUUCCUCGUCAUAUCGUUGGUGGUCUUGACGACGAACACCUCCACGAUGCAGAUAUACUUCAACAUGGAAGUCCAAAUCCGGUUUAGGGAUGUCUACGCAUACCGGUACAUGCUAGGAACCAUGGUGGUCGGAACAGCAUACACUCUCAUCCAAAUUGCGCAAACACUUCACCGCAUGUGCAAGGCGAAUCAACUGAUAAGCCGAGACGGUGUCACUCUCUUUGAUUUCUUUGCAGACCAGAUCGCAUCGUAUGUACUGGCGACCGGAUCGGCUGCAGGAUUCGGGGUGACAAAGGACCUGAAGUCAGUGUCUGACGCUGUGGGUUUGCCCUACGACAAGUUCUUCGACAAGGGUUAUGCGGCUGCGAGCCUCCUCCUCUUCGCCUUCGUCUGCGCCGCGCUUCUCUCGAUUCUAUCUUCAUUUGGCCUCCCUAAGAAAUUUUGAUUAUACUCUUUUCUUCCACUUUCCAGAAUUGUUAUUGAAUGUGUUUUGCUGGCACUGAGGCGUGGGAUGUAUAUAGUUUAUAUUAUGUGAAAUAUUGGGUAGUGCAUUAAGACAUCUAUAAAAUAGUCGUCCUUGUUAUUAAUUGAAGACCGUUCUUAAUAAAUCUAACAUCACUCUUUGGA